ACCCAGCACUUCCAGGCCGUCUUGGUGCCCGGAGUGCUCCGCGGGGUGCCGGCCGGCCGUUCUUGGCCAUUCUCAGCUGCUAGGCGCGUGCAGUGACAGUUCUAGACCACAGCCAAAGCAACGCCGGCACGGCCCGCCCGAACAUGACACUCGCCAGGCUGGCCGUCGAGUACGCCGUCGUGCUGGCCACCGCCGUAGCCAUGGCCGGCUAUCAGGUGCAGUGCGAGUCGGAGCGGGGCUUCCUGGAGCGGGUCCUGGGGCGCGCGGAGCAGAGCCUGCAGGCAGUGUGGGCGCGCGCCCGCGGCGAGGCGGACGGCCUGGUGCAGGGCACGGUGCAGCUCUUCCGACGCAGGGAGCACGACGCCCUGCACGCCGCCUCCCUGCAGCUGGAGCAGCUCGGCGUCGACGUGGACCUCAACGAGGCCGGCGACGACGUCGGCGACGACUUGUACGGCUGCGCGCAGGCCACCAAGACAAAGUACACGCGUCUGCUGCAGCAACUGCGUCGACGCGUGGAGCAGUGCUGGGGCUGGGAGAGCCAGGAGGUGUCGGCGCUGUUCAGGGCCGUGGAGGACCUGCUCCUGGCCGGGGACCGCCUCCCCGCCUUGCUGCGCGCCAACAUGAACAUCUGCCUCCACCAGGGCCGAGGCCGGCGUCGGUCGCGGAGGGCGGACUCUCAAGGGGCAAACGCCACGUCGAGGACGGCGCCGACGCUGCCGCCGCCCAGUCCGUUCCGCAUGCUGCGGUGCACGGCGGACUCGGUGAACCUGACGUGGACGUACGUGACGUCAGUGCCGCGAGAGGUGGGCCGCGCGGCCAGGAAGACGGCCGGCUUGUUGGGCUCUUCGCACGAAGACUGGGCGCCUUGCGCGCAGGCCGUCGUCCGCCAGGCCGCCGGCUCCACCGUGCAGACCCUCCGCGACCUCGGGGGCUGUGUCGUCGACCGAGUGUCGGGGACGUCCUGGCGGCGCUUGCAGGAGGCGUGGGAGCACCCCCGCCGGUAGAGGGUGGACGACGUGGACGACGUGGACGUCGCGAGAGUGCCAAGUUGAAGCCAUCACAAAGGGAGACGGUCCGCCACGACCCCCUUACAGUCGCACAUACUGUCUUUUCUGUUUCUCACUUCCCUUCGAA